CGCUCCAGGCCCCGCCCUGCCCUUCUGUACGCGCUCCGCUCGGCAGCCUGUGGAACGCGGCGGCGCUGCAGCUCUCGCUCUUUUGUGUUCGGGUGGCUGCGGCCUCUCAGCUCCUCACCCGCGCGUUCUCUCGGCUCCCCUAGCCUCGCGCUUUCCGGUGACAGACCAUGUCGGCGGCGGGAGCGGGCGCGGGCGUGGAGGCGGGCUUCUCCAGCGAGGAGCUGCUUUCGCUCCGCUUCCCGCUGCACCGCGCCUGCCGCGACGGGGACCUGGUCACCCUCUGCUCGCUGCUGCAGCAGACGCCGCACGCCCAUCUGGCCGCCGAGGACUCCUUCUAUGGCUGGACCCCCGUGCACUGGGCCGCGCACUUCGGCAAGUUGGAAUGUUUAAUACAGUUGGUGCGAGCUGGAGCCACACUGAAUGUCUCCACCACGCGGUACUCCCAGACACCAGCCCAUAUUGCUGCUUUUGGAGGACAUCCUCAGUGCCUAGUCUGGCUGAUUCAAGCUGGAGCCAACAUUAACAAACAGGAUUGUGAGGGUGAAACUCCCAUUCACAAGGCGGCUCGCUCUGGGAGCCUGGAAUGCGUCAGUGCCCUUGUGGCGAAUGGGGCCUACAUCGACCUGAGAAAUGCCAGUGGCCUGACGGCAGCAGACAUUGCACAAACCCAGGGUUUCCAGGAGUGUGCCCAGUUUCUCUUGAACCUCCAGAAUUGCCAUCUGAACCGUUUCUAUAAUAACGGCACCUUGAAUGGGGGUCAUCAGAGUAUAUUUCCUAAUCAUAUUAGUGUGGGAACAAAUCGAAAGAGAAGCUUGGAAGACUCAGAAUCCUUUGGAGUAAAGAAAGCUAGAACUGCAGCUCAAAGCUUGGAUCAUGCCAUGCCACUAGUGAAUGGCGAGACAGAAGAUGAGGCUGACAAAAUGCACAUUGAUAGAGAGUUUGCCGUUGUAACAGAUAUGAAAAACAGUAGCUCCGUAUCGAAUACAUUGACAAAUGGAUGUGUCAUCAGUGGACAUUUGGACUUCUCCUCCACGAGCCAGCUCAGUGGGAUGGAAAGCAGGAAUGGCCAGUGCUUGGCAGGAUCUACUGGCAUUAGCAGUGGAUCGGUCCCAGGACAGCUGUUUCCCAGUAGCCAGGGUUCUCUCUCUGUUAACGGGACUGAGGAGCCAGAAAAGACCAUGAGCGUUAACCCUGAGAUGUGCGGUUCUCUGCACCUGAAUGGGAGUCCAAGCAGCUGCAUAGCCAGUAGACCUUCCUGGGCAGAAGACAUGGGGGACAAUUUGCACUAUGGACAUUACCAUGGGUUUGGGGACACUGCUGAAAGCAUCCCUGAGCUGAACAGUGUGAUCGAGCAUUCCAACUCAGUGAAGGUGGAGGAGCGGUACGACUGUGCCGUCCUGGGUACCAUGCACCUGUACCACGGCUCUUAAGGACAGCAGCCUGGCUCUCAGAGAUGCAGCCAUUCUUCCUGGUAGCCAACUCAGAACACUGAUGUAGCAUCAACUUGAGUAAUGUCAUGACUUGUACUGUUUUUUAUACUUUCUGAAAAAGUAAACUUGACAAGUUCCCAGUGAGUGCUCGUUUGUGCAUGAGUAGGGCUUACCUAGUGCAUAGAUGUUUCUAUAGUGGGGUAUUGGUCCUUUUAUAAAAUGCACUUUUGGAGGUUAAUUUUUCUGGUGCCAGUCUGAACAUUUUGUUUUUAAUACUAUCACCAGAUACUGCCAUUUUCCCUUUUGUCAAAUUAAAUCACACGAUCAAGAUAAACUGGGGCAGUAAAGGAGGUGCCUGGUACCUGAUCUCUGUUUGCACAGAGUCAUUUUCAAAGCUUGCUUUCACUCUUCCCUGUAGAAUCUGUGACACAACACAGCUGUUUCCCUAUGCAAGGUACAAAGACUUCUUGGAAAUGAUUUGUAUGAAGAAAAGAACAUUUGUCUUUUCCAGUGUGUGUCAUUGAAGCUUGGCAAGUUGCCUUGUGGACACACAGUGGCUGGGGGUCAGUGAGGCCCUGUGACGAUGUGGCUUGCUGCCUCGGGCUGCAGCCUGGCCUGUUUGUUGUGUUUUUAUUCCACAUCUCCUACUCGGUCUCUAGAACUUUUACCAUGGAUAACAGAUUCCUUUAUAUGUAGUGGAAGUUACUCUUUGUAGGAAUUGUCAGGUCAAAAUAUUUAACUGACUCUUUUGUCUUAUAUUUUCUUUUUUCCUUGUUUUUUGGGGGGUUUUCUGCUUUAAAUAUACACCACUAUAUAUCCAAUUAACUGAGAGAAUUUUGGCUCUCUCAUAAUAAAACUGCAUUAAGUUCAAGAUUUUAUAGAAAUUAGCUUUUGUUUAGGCAACUAGUGGUUGCACUGUGCAAAUAUUGUAAUGAAUUUUUACUUUUCUGAUUUUUGUAAUAAAAAUUGGUGCAGAUAGAGAAAGUGUCUAAUGAACAAACCAAUGUUCGAAGAGUGUUACUGACAUUUUGUUUUAAAACUGUCCUUUACAAAUUUAAUAAAAAACUUUCACAGUCA